AUGCUAUUUUACGGCCCGCCUGGGACGGGCAAGACGUCGACGAUUCUUGCGCUUGCACGGCAACUGUACGGCCCUGAGCUGAUGAAAUCGCGUGUCCUAGAGCUCAACGCGUCCGACGAGCGUGGCAUUAGCGUCGUGCGCGAAAAGAUUAAGUCGUUUGCAAAAAUGGCCGUAUCGAUGCCCAAUCCUGGUUACCCCUCUCCGCCGUACAAGAUUAUUAUUUUGGACGAAGCAGACAGUAUGACGCAGGAUGCGCAAGGCGCGCUGCGGCGGACCAUGGAGCUGUACAGCCGCACCACACGGUUCUGCCUGAUUUGCAAUUAUGUCACACGUAUCAUAGAGCCUGUUGCAUCGCGAUGCAGCAAGUUCCGUUUUCGUCCGCUGGACCUCGUGAGCACUGAAGCGAGGCUGCAAUAUAUUGCGGAUAACGAAGGUCUUUCCCUGAACAAGGGCAUGAUUCCCGCGCUGAUCAACGCAUCCGAUGGCGACAUGCGGCGCUCUAUUACCUAUUUGCAGUCUAUUGCGCGGCUCGCAUCUACGCGUAGCGGCAAUGUGAGCGGCAUGUCGCCCGAUGCAGUCGCCGAGCUUGCAGGGUUUGUGCCGAAGCGCGUGAUUGAGCAUCUCGCGCUGAGCAUCGGGGUUGAGCCUUCCGAGAAUGAUACAGAAGAUUUGGUUGUGCCCGCGGCGGCGUCUGCGUUUGAUAGGAUCUAUGCUGCUGUGCAGUGCAUCGAGCGGGCGGGUUAUUCGAGCAUGCAAGUGGUGCUCCAACUCCACGACUACAUAAUCCUCCACCCGUUGCUCAAUGCGCGACAGAAGACCAAGUGUGCGCUGCAGCUCGGGGAGACGGAUAAGGCGCUUAUGGAUGGCGGCAACGAGUCGCUCCAGCUCCUCAGCCUAAGCUUGCAGCUCCACGAGGCCAUAGUCGCCGCGUAA